CCAAGGAAAUAUUAAAACGCUCCAUACAUUCCUACUUACAAGCAUGAUCCUGAUGAUGAGGUUGAGACAAAUAUUUAUCGUCACUUAUUUUCAUUUCGUUUCUGGACAAGACGGCCGGUGCGACGGACCUCUGGUGUGUUGUAGAGGAUUUGAGUACAAUGAAAAGGAGGACACUUGUCAUCCUUGCAAUGAGCCGAAAUACGGUGCUGGAUGUAUGGAAAUCUGCAAUUGUUCUGAAGAGGAAAUGUGUGACAGAUUCAAGGGGUGUGUUAAUAGGACAAUCACAACAGUGAUUGCACCUACAACCACCACUAGGAGGGUGAAAGAUACGUCGCAUUCUAUCAUCAACCAAUCAAUGAGGAUUUCUGAAACACAUGGAACAAACCAUCCCAAAAUAGCAGCAACUGAGGUUGGCAACAGAAAGGGAGCAACAACCGAGGUUGACAACAGAUUAGUACACAUGCCGUUUCCUUACUUAGACAAACCUCUGCUGUUUAGUAUAAUAAUCCUUUCAUUUGUUCUUGGAGUGGUAUUUAGUUUGUAUAUGUUAACAUACAUAGUUGACAAAAUGAAAUUACCGGCCACAGUAGAAUUAACAGAUAUGAGACAAGUCAGAUACGAAGUCGGAAACCCGGAAAUUAUCCAUAUGAUACAUAACACAAAUCGUCAGUAAAUUGAUUAGAUACAUGACUGUGGUAAAGCCAAUCCCACUGUGGGGUCUACUAUAAAUUUUCCUAAUCUAUACUGUAGUCUACUAUAAAUUCUCCUAAUCUAUACUUUAGUCUACUAUAAAUUCUCCUAAUCUAUACUUUAGUCUACUAUAAAUUCCCCUAAGCUGCACUCUUAUCUACUAUAAAUUAUCCUAAUAUACUCUUUAAUCUCCUAACAUUUUCCUAAACUACACUCUAAUUUGCUAUAAAUUGUCCUAAACUACGAUCUAAUCUAAUAUAGAUAGCCCUUUAAUAUGAUACCCACAAUUAUAGUACAGGAGACUUUAACAAAUAGGUUAGAUAUCUAGUUUCUCCACUUUAUGAAGGAAAUAUGCAUCCUAACAUUCCACAUCAGAGUAACUCCAGGCCAGAUCACCAUGUUUGGUUAUCCUCGAAUAAGCGAAAAGGAAAACACUUGAAUUUGUCUCUGUGGAAAAAUAUCAUAUCUGUUCUACUUUUAGUAGCUUGUGCAUAUUAUUUUUUCUUUCCCCCGUGUUGGAGGUUUCUAUAAAGAAAUGUUCUUGAUAACAGUAUUUUUAUACUAUAGUAUUCUUGUCAAACAAGUGGCCUUCAUAAUAUUUAAUUUCGGUGUACACUUGAUGUUUGUUUAUGUGAAGGACGUUGAAAAUACUAAGCGAGUUUAGAAAUGAUCAAGCAUUUUGCUUCUUUUCACAUAAAUCUACUACACACAUAUGCCAAAAUCAGCAUGAAAAUUAACAUCAUUGUGUUGUUAACUGUGAUAAUUUGUAAUUGAUACCAGUUACACAAUAAAUUGUAAUAUACUGGA